GCGAGAGCCCUUUCACCGGCAGCUGACCGGAGGACUUCGAAGAGUCUCAGCGGAUUCGUGGGAUUUCUGGAUCCGUGACAUUCUCUCUGUGCCAUGAGAUGACGAUCAGUCGUGCAUUGUUCUCGUCGAGGAGACUCCUCGAUCCAGCCUCGAAGCACUUCAGCCGCGAGUCUUCGAUGGACAUCGUCUCUGGCCGUGGGAUCAUCAUAAUGCAGCGGAUUUGACCAAAUUGCGGACUCGUGUCACUGUCUUGCGCCCUGGUUUCAAAAUCCGCCCCCUCCUCUUCUGCCGUAAGAGCCAACGAGAGAACUGUGCCGUGGCCGAAAUCGUAUCUGCCAAUUGUGGAGCUGCAGUUUUAAGUUCGUCAAUUUUUGUUCUGCCGUAUUUCGAGGUUUCAUGGCCCGAUGGUGCAGGGAGAUGGCGGUGGUGGGAGGUGGGAGGCGCCGAGUUGCAGGUUUGAUGGCGGUGGGUUUUGCAGCUGAAGGGCUAUAGAUUUACGAGUGCCGGUCGUGCUGGGGCAGGGCCGCAGCUGGAGGAAUUGUGGGGUUUAGGGUUUAGAGCUCAUACAGGCGGAAAUGCUGCACGUCGGUCCGAUGCAGGGAGUGGUGCUGAAGAACGCUCCCUCGCGACUCUCGUUCCAUUUUUGUAGUACGUUCUCGAGGAAAUUUUCUCUCUCUCGUGUAGCGUGGUGUUCCGAUAGCUCGUCUUCCUCUGAUUCCGAACCGAAAUCUGUAUCCAGCCCUGUGAAUCCCAACUCUAAUUCUUCUCGCUUGUCUGAAACUCUACUGUCAGAUUCCACUCUAAACCCUUUCUCUAGCGUCCCGUCCCCUCCUCCUUUCACGGGUCGACCAGGAAGAUACUCUGUGGGCGAGAGCAAUAGGAAUGGUUCCAAUUAUGGAGAAUUUAGGUCCGUCGGUUCUCGGUCCGACCCGUCUCUUCCCUCCAUCCCUGGAAAAUUCUCCAAGUACUCGAAGCCAAUUAGAAAUUUAUCCACGAGUGCCCCAGCUAAGAAUCAACGGGCCAACAAAAAGCCUUUCCGGAGGCCAAUGUCGGAUAUUAGAAGUCCCGUACGCCCUGCCACCCACUCUCCUUACGACCCUCCUCGAAAUUACGAUUCCGACACAUCUCGUGACGAUGAGGAUGCCGGACCCGAGGUAGAAACUUCUCUGGCUGAGAAAUUCCCCCCCGCGUCAGCUUCUGCUCUUCGGAAAACAGCCGAGGCUCUGGACGAAUUGCCUGCUUGGAUGGAGCAAUAUCAGUACAGCUACUCCGAAGUUCCGAAAGCCCCAAUUUUGGGUUUUAGAGACACUCCGUACUCGCCGUUCGGGCCCCAGGAUUUGGUUGCAAGGCCGUGGACAGGUAGUGCUCCUUUGAAGCCACAGAAGAAAAAGGUCCCGGAGUUUGAUUCCUUCAACCCUCCCCCGACGAAGAAAGGAGUCAAGUAUGUUCAGAAGCCAGGUCCUUUCCCACCGGGGCAAGGGCCUGUGGAGGGCAAGACCAGAGAGGAGAUCAUCGGAGAGCCACUGUCACCCCAAGAAGUGAGGGAGCUCGUUGAGACGUGCAUCAAGAUGAAGAAGAUGGUCAACCUUGGAAGAGAUGGACUAACACACAACAUGCUGGAGGUUAUACACACACACUGGAAAAGGAGUGUGUGUUGCAAGAUCAAAUGUAAAGGAGUACCAACAGUGGACAUGGAUAACGUGGUCCGGGUUCUCGAGGAGAAAACUGGAGGAGUUGUCAUCUCACGUGCUGGUGGGACAAUUUAUUUAUUCAGAGGUCGGAAUUAUCAAUACAAAACAAGGCCCAAAUUUCCAUUGAUGUUAUGGAAGCCUCCUACUCCCAUCUAUCCGAAACUUAUAGUUCCAGUUCCUGAGGGUCUAACGGAAGACGAAGCCAAACUGCUACGGGCCAAAGCAAGAAGGGCCGAGCCUCUUUGCAAGCUUUCGAAGAACGGAGUGUACAUGAACCUCGUGGCAGAUGUGAGGGCGCAGUUUUCAGUGGACGAGGUUGUCAGAGUUGAUUGCACAGGAUUGAAUCCCAGCGAUUACAAGAAGAUUGGAGCUAAAUUGAAGGAGCUAGUUCCUUGUGUUCUUCUUUCUUUUGAGAAGGAACAAAUUAUGAUGUGGAGAGGAAAGUUUGCAGAGGAAACUGUUCUUACCGAUGGCGGAGUCGAAGGGGAACAAACCGUGGCAACGACCAGUGAUGACCAGCGGGGUGAAGAAGAGUCAUCUUCUGGUGCCGAAAUGGACGAGGUUGACCUGCUCUUCAAGCAAGCAAUCGAAGAGGGGCAAGCAGUACAGCUGGAAACAGAAGCCGUGGAUCCAGAUGUUGUAUGGAAGAAGGCUUCUGAGCUUUCAGCAUCUGUCCAGUUUCCAGACUUCGAUGUUACGAAACUGGAUGCAAAAUCAGGGGAAGAAGAAGUUCCAAAGAAGCAACCUCCUCAGCGGAUUCCUACCUCGUCCCCAUUCGAUGCUCAGCCUAGCGGUGGUCUUGCCUUGGAUGAGUUGGCCAAGUUGUUGGGUAAAUAAAGUGAUGAAGUUACUUUUCUCAUGAGUGUAAUCUUUUAAUAUGGGACAUUGUUAAUUAUUUGUUUCGUGGGAUACAAAUAUUGGACACUUCUACAAUACUGGUACUUCCUUUUGAAAAUAAUAUAAUAAUAACUUUUGAAGCUUGAU